AUGGAUAUCCAACACAUUGGGCGGCAACUCAGCAGACUCACCUCCACCUCCAUCUUUUGUGGACCUCAUAAUGUGCCACAUCAGACAGCCACUGUAUUUUGUCCCAAUUUCAUUUCUAAUGAAAGGUCAACCACAAAUAUACUCCAUCGACUUAAGAAUAGCCGCUGGAAACAUUGCCAUUGCUUCUGCCAGUGCUAUCAGCAGCUGUACCCACCUCCAAAACGCCACUAUCGCCUUACCUGGCCAUUUUCUCGAGGUCCCUGCUUCUAUGCUGGAGAGAUCAAUAUUUGCCCUUGCUUCAGCAUCAAAUUUCCAGAUUUACGUCACUUGAUUGAUAUGUUAAAAUCACGAAAAGACAGGCUACCUGAUUCCCGAAAAUACCACGACUAUCCUAUGUUCCACAAUCUGAGAUUGAGCGAUGUUCGUGAUCACAUGGUGCAUUAUUGUGCCUUCACUCAGCAUCCUCUUGUCAAUAUUCAAAUCAUGACGAUACUUUGGAUCAAUGAGCCUACCCAGACUCUGCGUGUGCUGACUUGUUUUGCAAUACGCGGAUCUAAAUUUAUUUUGUCACAAAUUCUUGCAAAUCCGAAAGCUCUUGCACAUAGGGACAUAGCGAAGUGGCUCAGAAAGAUUUUUGAUGAGGCUGGCUCUACCUUUUCCGGUUGGCAGAAAAAUGGUUACUUUCUGGUAUCUUCAAACCGUCCUGAAAUGCCCAAAGGUCAUGAGCCUAAUCUUCUGGAAAUAUCCAUCUCGCGGAACCUAGGAGAUGGCCAAUGGCCUAACAAACAAUGGAAGGCCAAUGCCCAUUCCUAA